AUGCAACUGAUACAGUUGUUCAUAUUUCUCUCUAUAUUUCUCGUUUGUUAUUCUCGUUAUUUGUUUUAUGAUACAAAUAAUGAACAUGCAUUUGACUGUUUAUACGCUCAUAUACAAGAUUUUCAUGAAGUCAAAAAUGGAGUUUAUCUUACAUUUGAUCAUCUAUUUCCUUAUUGCCAGCGAAUAGAUAAAAGCGAAAAACCAAUUUUCAUAUUAGAUGAAAAUGUAAAAAACAGAAUAAGUUUUCAAGAAUUAUCAAGAAAUGGAAUAACGAGUUCACAAUUAUUGGAUUGGUCCAUUCCAGUUGAUAUUGCCGAAGAAUACGCAAUCAAUGGAGAAAAUUCGGAUAAAUUUAUUUACAAUUGUUCAUCUCCUUGGUUUGGUUCAACAUGCCAAUAUCAAUUAAUUAAUGAUCAACAAAUACCAUUUGGUGAACUUGUUCGUCUCACAUUUCUUCAACGUGAAUCACCAUCGUUGGAUCUCGAUUUUCCUGUUGGUACUUGUUAUCCAUUCUUGAAGAGUUGCAUUCGUGGUCCAUUUCCAAUGUGUCUUGAUUGGCGUGAAAUCUGCGAUGGUGUUUAUGAUUGUGUUCAUGGGGACGAUGAAGAAUUCUGUUAUUUGUUAGAACAGAACCACUGUUCAGAAGAUGAAUUUCAGUGUCGUAGAAGCAAAGAAUGUAUUUCACAGAUAUUUGUUGAUGAUUAUGAAGCCAGCUUUGAUUGUCUCGAUGCCACUGACGAAAGUGGAUAUGGCUCACUGGAAUUUGGAGAAUUGUGCAUGACUUUUCCGACAUUUGAUUGUGAAGAAAUGUGUCGUGAAGCGGAUCGUUCUUUUCCUUGUGGUGAUGGGCAAAUGGCUCUAUAUCUAACACCUCAUUUUACUUCCUUCUGUGAAAACUUACGCGAUCGAUACACGACUAUCGCUCUAUUCACUUCAUUCGAUUAUAUUUCCAGCUCAGCAUGUCGACAACGACUCAUUUGUUUAGUACGACCUGAUAAAAUCAAAUUUCUUAUACACUCACAGGAUCAAAUUCGUUGUCAAUUGCCUUUAGAUUAUUGUCCGUUGGAAUGGCUCGUUUUUCCGGAGUAUCCAAUACUUUAUUCGCUGUUCCAAUUUGUUUAUCUAACAAAUCGAUCGAUAUCUUUAUCAACAAAUGAUAUUACACCAGAUUUUAUUUGUUUCAAUGCAAGUCGAUGUCCGAAAUAUCUGUUUUGUUCGGUGGAUAUUGGAAUGAAAAAUGGAUAUCAUUGUUGUCACACUAGUAAUAUGACUCGCUGGAAAAUAGAUAUAUGGGAGGAAUCUCCGACUAUUUUUGGACAUAUUCUCGAAGACUGUUUGAAAAUUACUCGAGAUAAAGAAUUUUUAUUGACCGCUGAAGAGACAAGUUCUUCUAUAAAUAUCAAUAAUCAAUGGAUUAACUUACAUAAAACAUACCCGUUCCCAUAUACGUGUGAUGGUCAUCGUCAUAUAUUGGAUGAUGACGAAACAGAUGAAACUGAUUGUUAUCUUUGGCCAUGCAAUAAUCCAUAUACUCGAUGUAAUCGGCGUUUUCAAUGUUUGAAUGCUAUCGAUGAAAGUAAUUGCUUGUACAGUUCAUGUGCACCCAAUGAAAUCCGUUGUGAUGACAUGGCACAAGAGAUUAAUGGCUUGUCUUAUUGUUUGCCCGUGUCGAACUUAGCCGAUGAUUAUACACAAUUUGAUCCAUAUAAAUAUUAUCGUCUUAUACAUUUAAGUAAUGAAACAAUCGGUGAUCUUGAAAACUAUUUGUUUUGGAAUCAAACCAGAUGUAUUACUAUCAAAUAUUCUGACCAAAAUCGUUUAAUUUCAUUGGUGGGAAAUAAUGAUGAUUCUUGCGUAAUGCCAAGAUAUCUAACAUCUUUUAUUCCCAACACAAUUAUAGUAAGCAGAAACAAAACAGCGCUGUGUAAAUCGGGCCCAAUUCUUACGGAUAACUUUUAUAAGCAAUCUCCGUAUCUUCAAUCAUCACGUCUAGGUUAUUUUCCAUCAGUUAUUCCUCAAGUUGCUUAUCGAUCAACAGAAAUUCAAUCAAGUCAACCAACUCUUCUCGAUCUUCGUUCAGAUGAUUUCGUUAAUUGGUAUUGUAAUCGAGGAUUUCUCAUUUUUUAUCAAAAUAAUCAAACGACCAAAUGUCUUUGUCCUCCAAGUUACUUUGGUUCACGAUGUCAAUGGCAAAGUCAACGUGUUAGUCUCACACUUCAGUUGAAAUAUUUCACUUUUACCUAUGAAAUGCCCAUUUUUCAAAUAAUCUCAAUGCUUAUUNUCAUUUUUUAUCAAAAUAAUCAAACGACCAAAUGUCUUUGUCCUCCAAGUUACUUUGGUUCACGAUGUCAAUGGCAAAGUCAACGUGUUAGUCUCACACUUCAGUUGAAAUAUUUCACUUUUACCUAUGAAAUGCCCAUUUUUCAAAUAAUCUCAAUGCUUAUUGAUGAUCGAGGACAAAUUAGCCCAUAUGAUGAACAAGUAAUUCAUUUACCAAAACGUGAUUGUGGAACCAAAUAUCAUUUUUAUUUACUUUAUCCAUCAAGACCAAAGGAUUCCUCACUGAAUUAUUCAAUUCGAAUUGAUGUUUUCAAUCGCAUAACUUUAACACAUUGGACAAGUUGGCUUUUACCAAUCCCAUUUCCAUUUCUUCCCGUCAAUCGUUUUGCUGCACAAUUAGUCAUUCCUUUUAAUUCUCAACAAAUUGCAUUGUCGUGUCCAUUGUCAUGUGGAAAAUAUGGCAAAUGUCUCAAAUAUGUCAACACAAAUUUCUCAUACUUUUGUCAAUGUGAUUCAGGUUAUUCAGGAUCAAAUUGUCAAUUGAAUCAUAAUUGUUCUUGUUCGUCUGAUUCAUUUUGUCUCAGUUCAUCCAUUUGUAUUUGUCCAUUAUACAAAUUUGGUUCGAAAUGUUACUUAAAGCAUACAUCAUGUCAAUCAUCAACAAAUCCGUGUGAAAAUGAUGGGCAGUGUGUACCGAUUGAUGACCGCAUUUCUGUGAAUGACUUCACAUGCAUUUGUAAAGAAGGAUUCUUUGGAGAUCGAUGCGAAAAUAUCCAAAAUCGAAUUGACAUUCAAUUUGAUGAUCGUACACUCACAAUAGAAAAACCUGUUUUAAUUCAUUUCAUUACAAUCCAUAAAGGAACUGAUCAUGUACAAAGUACAAUGUUAAAACAAAUCAAAUAUGGUCAAAAUCAAGUGACAAUUCUGACGUCUAUGACAUUUCAUCUUGUUUUUGUAGAACUUCUCCAAGGUGACUUCUAUUUAACUGUUAAACGCGAAGAAUCUAUCAAAUCCGAACAUAUUCGAACAAAUUUGUCAUCCAACCAUCAAUGUAUGUUUAUUGAUGAAUUAUUAAAUGAAACAUUGAAAUCUUUUCAUUACAUUCGUCGUGUUAAAUUUUAUCCAUACUUCUGUCGACAAAAUCAAGAUUUGAUGUGCUUUUACGAUGAACUCUACAUGUGCAUUUGUGAUGAAGAUCGGUUUUCCAAUUGUUUUUCAUUCAAUCGGAAUACAACUUAUAAUUGUGAUCAAAGAGAAAAUCCUUGUGAAAAUAAUGGAAAAUGUUUUCUAGCAAAUCAAACAUGUUCAAGUUCAAUUCGAUGUUUCUGUUCAGAUUGUUUUUAUGGAACAAAGUGUGAAUUUACAACUGAAGGUUUUGUUUUAUCUCUCGAUUAUAUUCUCAGUUAUCAUAUUAAACCAAAUCUUUCAUUUUUUCAUCAGCCAUUUAUUGUGAAAAUAAGUGUCGCUAUCGUUACAAUGAUGUCUUUCAUUGGAUUUAUUGGUGGAUUAUUAGCAAUUGUGACAUUUCGUACGAAGAAAAUUCAGAUAAAUGGUUGUGGAUUUUAUCUAUAUGCAUCCGGUUGGAUUUCAAUUUUAAUUCCAAGUGUAUUAGUCAUCAAAUUUAUUCAAUUGAUUUUAUUACAGAUGAAUAUUUACAGAAAUUUAUCGAUUUUUCGCUUGAAUUGUGUUCUAUUAGAUGUAGUCAUUAAAGUUCUUUUAGCAAUUAAUGAUUGGCUUGAUGGAUGUGUUUCGAUUGAACGUGUUUUCACUGUUAAACAAGGUGUCAAAUUCAAUAAAACUAAAAGCAAACAAAUAGCCAAGUGGGUAAUUCUAUUUAUUCUUCUUUUUACGACUCUAACUCACCUUCAUGAUCCUCUUCACCGACAAUUAGUUAAAGACGUCGAUGUUGAUGAACAACGAAUCUGGUGUAUCUCUCAUUAUUCAUCGUCGAUUAAUAAUUACAAUUCAUUUAUAACUUUGUUUCAUUUUCUUGUUCCAUUCGCUAUUAAUUUCAUUUCAACAAUAAUUAUUAUAAUUUCAAUCGCUCAAAAUCGUUCAACUGUUCAAACAAGAUUAUCAUAUUUGGAACAUUUAAAAUUACAAUUAAAGGAACAUAAACAUCAUUUUAUUGCAUCAUUUACAUUAAUAUUAUUGGGAUUACCGCGCCUUGUCAUUUCAUUUAUAAGUGGAUGUAUGAAAUCACCGAGUAAUUCUUGGUUAUUUCUCUCGGGUUAUUUUGUUUCGUUUUUACCAUCGAUGAUGACAUUUAUUGUUUAUGUUUUACCAUCAAAAACUUAUAAAGAUCAAUUUAAUAAUGUUGUUGAAAAAACACUUCGACGCUUUGAUCCAUAG